CGGCAAAUCCGUGUAAUAAAUAGUUCUUCUGAUAUCGGCAGUUUACCACUAAAACCUAUUAUUCUUCCUACAUACACAUCUUACGACAUCGAAUGUAAAGCUUCAAUCAAUAACUUUCAACCAUAAGCUACACGUCGGAUGAACUUAUCUUCAUCAUGUUGAUUAAUCCUCUAAGCUCGUCGGUCAUCCUUCAGCAGAUGGCCGAUGCUCUACCUACUCAUUCCCCAGGCGAUACCACAUCUGAUUUGAGUAGUUCCCAUGAGGCUCUAGCCUUAUUUUCUCACGCCUGCAUGGCUUCCCUCGGAUUCCGUCUCCUUGGUUUCGAUGAAGAUAAACUUCAAGAAGCGCUGUGCCAUGAGCUAGCUCCGCGGCUUCCGGCAAACUGGAAUGCGUCGUUCAACACAUAUGCAUUUGUCUAUGCGCACCAGCAAUCAGCCCUUCGCUUCGUUAUCAGAACUGAUCGAAUGGGAGGCAAAGCCGAGAUCCGCGGUCUGGGUAUUAACGACGAACGUAUUGCGCGCGUCGAAGUCAUCAUCAAGGAUUUCAUCUCUAACGCGGCUCUUCCUGUCAGAAUAACCAUCACUAGCGAUGGCGUAGAGGAUCGCUCCAACCUACUACAGACCCUACAGAAUGUUUUCAUCUCUCGAAACCGCAUCGAGGACCUGGCUAGUCUGAUCAAGAUCAACAUUGUUCAAAAACUUCUUCCUUCUCUUCAGAAAGAAGGCUACGAGGAAUCUGCUGAUGACAGAGCCGUGCGCGACGAUGCCGACGAUGCGGGUCGAAGACCGCCAAGACAGCCUGUAAUACCGGAUCCACUACCCCAGCCGGCACAGCCGUACCCGUAUAAUGAUCCCCUUAACCCACCGCCCCGCAACCCGGUUCCGGCUGGCGAUUUCCCACCACCGGGCUUCGAAGACCCUUACGACAUAAACCGUCCAGCGGGCAUGCCGCUACGACAGCCUGCUCGAAGCCCAUUUGGGAAUAUCGGGGCUGAUGAUCUAUACCCCCCUGGGCUAGGACCCCAUGAUCCGCUACGUCCCGGAUUAGGCAUCGGAGGGGGCCUACCGCGACCUGGUGGAGGCCAAGGCAUGCAUCCAACGUUUGAUGAUCUAUUCGGAGGCCCUGGCGGUGAAAAUGGUGAAUUUGACCCUCAGGUACCACCGGGAGCUCGCUAUGAUCCUCUAGGUCCGGGAGGCCUUCCAAGGCUGGGAGGCCGCAGGCCAGGGGGAGGAAGUGGUCCAUUUGGUGGAGGCUUUGGAGGGUUUGGUGGAGAUAUCAUUUAAUACACCACAACAAACUAGGUGAUCAGCCAGAGUUGGCUUUGUGAGGCGUCUGGGCGAAGGGGUGACAUUCACGGAAAAGGGUUUGUAUUACUGGACUGUAUAAUUCUAAGCCCUUGCUAUCAUUACUAGUAGCUUCAAGGAGAUUGUCGAAAUGAGAAUGAAGACAUACUAGACUUAUCCCGAUAUGACUACAGUAUCACAUUAUUUAUACUAAUAUAUAUAU